AUCAUCACUGCCUUCUCCGGGGAGCAGCAUUUUGCUUGACCCAUGAAAGCGGCAGUAAUGCUGAGUGUUCUAUGACGCACGUGUGUGGCUUGAGUCCUCCACAGAGCGUGCAAGAAAUGUAGGAGAUCGCUAGAUGACUAGAGGAUCAGCGCUACGGUCGGGCAAUCUUAACCGUAAUGGACUGCCGUGCUUCUAAUACCAGGGCGGUCUGCCCGCCUGUUGGCUCAGCUCAACUGGCUUGCGGCUUAGUAGCAACCAAUGUAAAGGGCACGCCAACGCCUUGCUGUCAAUUUAACUGUCCUUCAAAAAGCGUGGAGGACUGCCGCGUUGUAUCCGACCCUUUUGCGCUUGGAUGUCAUAGUAGGAGGCCUUGGUCAACCAUACGAGAACCUGUUCGCUGCGCGGAUGUUACACUUAUAACACUAGAAGUCUAUGCCCGCUUAGCAUUCCCUCAAUUCUGAUUCUGCGGCCCACCUUUGCACGAGAAUGCGAGAUCAUGGCGCCUUUACUGGCCGUUGACUAUACACUGCUGGAGAAGAGGACACCGAUUCCUUCGACACGGACGGAACCACCAACUCGCGAUAGCCUGUCCACAGAGGGAGGAUUCCUUGAGGCAUGGGCUCAAGGUUAUAAUGUUGGGUCGUUGAUAAUCCUCAUCCUCAUCGUCUUCUGCAACUAUCGAUCUGGUAUUCUGCUACAUAAGCUCAUUCUGUUCGAGCUCGUCCUCGCUCUAUGGCACGGUACUUUCAUCUUCGUCAAAGAUCCUAACUAUGGUUGGUACCUUUCCUCGACCGCCGCGCUUCUUUUCAUCUCCUAUCAAAUCCAUAAUGUCGUCUCCUGGCUGAAAAUUCGCCCCUUCCUCCCCCUCUGGGGGUCCCGGCUCUUCAUCUUCUCUCUUCUUGCCGUCCAGCCCUUCUGGAUUGCGGAAGCCUGGUCCAACUUCGAGUAUUUCAACGGUCUUGGAUCCGAUGUUAACGUGCGCAUGCGACCCUAUGAAGCUCUCCUGCGCGACCCAUGGUGGAUAUUCACGACCUGGAAGCUUAUCAGCUCUAUCAAAGAAUCAUAUGGGUACAGUAUCUGGGCGUUGGUGAAGAUCAACUCAAGAUUCGGAGUCAUGCUAGCAUGCAUGUUCAUUUCCAUUGCAUUUCUUCUCACAGAUGUCGCAGUCAAUGCCGCGCACAUUACGACUGCAUCUGGGAUCAAUCCAUACUGGCGGUUUGCGUUGGUCUUCAAGUGUGCUUCUGAUACCAUAUUCCUAGACGACUUUAAGUCCGUACUCGACGACAUCAUCGCGCGCAAGUUAAGCUCAGCAGGCGGCGGUACGGUCCACACCGGUCCACACCACGGCCAUGAUACGAGAAAGCUCUCCUUCUCUUCGAUGCGUGGCGACCCCGCGCUCAUAGAGUGCGCACCAAUACCAGGACCAGAACCUCGAACCACCAUGGAAAAGUCAAACCGUGCACCAAAAUGGUCAAAAUCAUUCAAUCCUUUCAAAUCGCAUGAGCAGAAACAAAUCAUACCGAAGAUCCAUGUGCAGCGAGAAACAACAGUAACAUUGGAGUUGCGCAAACCAAGCCACGACAGCUGGCAUAGCGAGGAAGGACUGUUGAGAACACCAGAGGCUGCUGCGGUUGGUGGCCCCAGGCAUGAUGCCCCUAUCGUUGCGUCUGCUCUAUGUACAGGGCGUCCAGCGUUCACGCAAAAGGGACAUGAGAUGAAGUAGAAGCGGAACC